AUGGAUUAUUAUUUUGAAGAUAGGUUAAUAACAUUUCCAAAAUUGAAAAAGUAAUGUAUUGUAUAGAUUUAUAGAGGUUUGGCUUUGUUUUACUUCGGUUUUGCAUUGUAUUUUGGUGUAAAGAGUGUAAUCAAUUAGGAACAUAUAUUUGAUUUAAGUUUAGAGUAUGAGUGAUUAUUAUUAUAACAUUUCUGUUAAAUGAGAGUUACAGUUGCGCCAUUAUAAAUUUCAAGAUCCUUACCUCCAGUUCCCAUACCUGUUGUAGCAACACCUAUGAUGGUUGAUAGGGGUAUUAAAUAUUACAAUCUUCUCAUAGUCGUUAAUAUACAUCAUUCAUAAGUAUUUCAUACUGAUUCACCAUUAAAAUAACAAAGUGAAUAAAAAUUGAAGUAAUUGGAAUCAAGAGUACAAAAUCUAGAAAGUUAAUCACCUAAUAAAGGGAAAGUUGAAAAACUACUUGAAGAAAAUGAAAAAUUGUUGCAGUUGGUUCGAGAGAAGACUGAACAUGCUUCUAAAUAUAAAGGAGAAUUACUUACUGCCAAAAAGGAAAUCACUAAGUAAACUUACUAUCUAUCAUCUUAGACUCAAGAAAGUCUUAGAUUUGAAGGAGGAAGCAUUAACGGAUAUGAGAUUAAAAAGUUAGAGUAGAAGUAUAUCAAGAGCUAGUGAAAAAAAGGCUGAGUAGAUUAUGUUAGAGAAAUAACUACUCGAAUAAUAAUAUGUUAGAGAAAAACAAUAUAUGCAAAACUAAAUAAAUUAACUUAAAGAGGUAAUAGAAUCAUAGUCCUCCUAAAAUCAAUCUCUUUAAAAUAUUGAUUAUCAAUAGCAACAUCUUUCUAAUCCUAAUCAAUAAAUUGAGUUAUUUACCUAACAAUUACCCUCAUCAGGUUAAAUCAUUAAAGGUAGUUAAAAAAGCAUAAAGAAACCUUAAUCAACAAAUUAAAUUUAAUUUGAAGUUCCAGAAUAUAUUAAUGUUUAAUCAAAGAAUCCUCAAGCUUAAGAUCUUUUAAGAAACUUUUCAUAAACUUUUUAGGAUAAAGAUUAAUAAUUAGUAUCCCCCAUAAAAACUGAUUAAGGACAAGAUUAACUUUAAGAAUAAACUUAGCAAAAUAUAAGAAAAAAUCAAUAAAGAUAAUAAUCUUAUAAAUAGCCUGAUUAAGUGUAAAGAAAAUCCAUAUCUCCAACAUAUGACUAAUAGUAAUCAGAUUAAUUAAAUCCAAUUAGAUAAAAUUAAAGAUAGUAAUCAUAUAAAUAAGGAGAUAUUUAAAGAAAAUCUAUUUCUCCUAAUUAAGAUGAAGCUGCUACUGAUUUAAGAGGAGGUAAUCGAUAGGAUCAUGCUAGAUAAGCUUCAUAUAAAUAAUAAUAAAUUCCAACAACAACAGAAUAAUAACGAAAUACUCAUAGAAAAUAAUCUAGUACUUUUGAAUAAUAUUAAGUUCAAAUAAAUUAAUUAAAUGAUGAAUUACUUUAAGCUAGACAUUUAGAAGAUGAAUUGAAAUCCUAAAUAAAUUAAUUAAAUUAAUAACUUUAAGAAUAUAAAUUAGGUUUAGAUAAUUUGUAAUAAGAUAAAAACACAUAUUUAGAUUAAAUAUAAAAAUAUAAAUAGGAUAUAUAAAGUUAAAAUUAAGAAUUAUAAAAAUAAUUAUCAAAUAAUAAAGAUUUAUAGUUUUAACUUUAAAAAUUAUAAAGAAAUACUGAUUCUUCAAAUAAAUUAUAAGAUUAAAAACUUUAAGAACAUUUACGUAAACAAAAUAUUUUAGAGAAAUAAUUGCAAGAAUCUAAUUAAGUCAUAGAGAGACUUGAAUAAGAAAAUUAAAAUAUAUCACAAAAGUUUGAAUAGGAAAAAGAUGAUCUUAUUAAAGAGUAUGAAGAAUAAUUAGAGCAAAAAUAAUAAGAGCUUAUUGAUUUGAGUUAGUCAGCUCUUUUAGAAAAAACAUCUAAAGUUGAAUUUGAAAUUUAAUUUAAUCAAUUAAAAUAAAAAGAAACAAAUUUCAAUUCUGAAAUUGAAAAAAUGAGAAAAUAGAGAGAUCUAAUGAAAGCUUAGUUGGAAGAAACUUAGAAAAGUCUUAAUUAAGCAAAAAUUUAAAUAAGUUAAAUAGAAUCAGAACAUUCAGCUUAAGUGGAAUUAAGAGAACAAUUAGAAACUAAUUAUGCUAUUUUAUAAAAAGAAUAUGGAGAAUUUAAAGAGAAUUCUAUUUCUCAAUUUAAUAGCAAAAUGAAUAGUUAUUAAUAAAAGGCUUAAUUAGAAUAUGAUAAAUUAAAGAAAUAGAGUUUACAAUAGUAAACAGAAUUAGAGAAAGUAUAUCUAGAGAAAUCAGAAUUGGAGUAAGAGUUAAAUAACACUUAAUAAGAUUUAGGACAUUAAUAUUAGGAAGUAACUUAAUAAUUAUAAAGUGCUAAAUAAACUAUAAAUGAAUAGAAAAAACAGUUAAAAUAAUUAGGAUAGUAGAAUCAAUAAUUAAAUUAGGAACAUUAGGAUUUAUCAGUACAUUAUCAAUAAUAAGAAAGUGAAUUGAAUUAAUUAAGAUAAGAAUUAUAAACUUAAUAAGAUUAAUGUUAAUCACUACGAUUUGAUAUUUCAAGAAUAUAAAUAGAUAAGGCACAAUUAGAAUCAACAAAUAAACAUUAAAAAUAGAUGGAUUAAUUAAUGUUAGAAAAUGAUUCAAUUUUGCAUACAAAUGAAUAAUUAUAAACUGAUCGAAAUUAAUUAGCUGAUACACUAUAAUAAAAGGAAAGUGAGAUUAGUAGAUAAAAGAAGAAGAUUGAUUAAUUAAAAUAAUUAAACUAAUAAAAUGUUGAGUAAAUAAAGAAAUUAUAAUCAGAGUUAGCUGAGAAAGAGAUUAUAGCUGAAAAAUGUUAAAGUGAAUUCAACAAUUUUUAAAGAGAACUUUAAUUAUUAAGAAAGGAGAAUGAGAGAUUAUCAGCAGAUACAUAAAAAUAUGUAGAAUAACUUGAAUAGGAGAAAAUUAAUUCAGGUAAGAAACUUGAUAAUUUAUAAUCUCAAUUAUAAUAAUAAAUUCUAUAGAGGGAUAAAGAAUAUGAUGAUUUAGAUAAAUCUAGUAGAUCAGCAUUUAUUGAAUUAUAAUCACGAAAACAAGAAGCAGCAUUAUAAUAGAGACGUUUUGAAUAGUAAACUGAUCUAAUUAAAUAAUUAAGUGAAUAAUUAGAGAAGGUUUCUCAUUAGAAUAAAAAUUUAUUGAAUGAUUAAUAAUUGAAUAAGUAAUAACUUGAAUAAUAGUAAUAAGAAUUUGAAUUCACUAUUAAAGACUUAUAAGCAAAUCUUUAAAAAUAAUAAUAUGUUUAGGAUGAGUUAUAAAAAGAAAUUUAGAAAUAAAAACUCUAAGAAGCUAAACUAAGAGAAAAUAAUGAAAAUGAAAAAGAAAAAAUGAAUUAGAUGAUGUUAAAGUUGGAAGAAAAAUUAGAAUAACAUAAAACUGAUACUGCUGCUGAUUUAUAAGAAUAUGAAAUAUUUAAAUAGACAAAUUUAAAAUUGAAUGGUGAAUUAGAAAGAAUUAGAGGAGAAAAUGCUGAUUUACAUGAAAUAGUUAUAUAACUUUAAAAAGAAAAUGUAUCAUUAAGAGAUCAUCAUCAAUAAAUGAUUUCAUAGAUUGAGGAAAAUCAUCAAACCAGUGAAAGGUUGAAGACUUUAAAUUAACAAUAUGAAUAAGAAAUCAUUUUGUUAAGAAGAUAAGUAAUUAUUUAUUUAUAUAUCUUUAGCCAGAAUCAGCACCAUAUGAUUAACCAAAAGCAGGAUUUAUUAAAACUAAAAAUAGUAAAAGAAUUGAAGAAAUGGAAAGAGAAAAUAUUAAUUACUAAAAAGAGAUAUCAAAAUUAAAAUCAUUAAUUGAUGAAAUGUAGAAUAAUUAAAAUUAUAAUUCAACUCCAACUCCUGAAAGAAAAUAAUUAAAUUAGCAAUAAAGUUUAUCUUAAAAAAAACAUUUGUUUGAAUAAAAGCCUAAAUCAAUCGAUAAUACUAUAAGGAAAUAAUUAUAAUGA